CCAGCCGGCCGCCAGGAAAUGCCCAGGAGUGUGUGUCACCUGCCCCGACGCCUUGUUGAGUCCCAGGAGCGCCGCCUCUCGGGUCGGAGCCCCCGAGACCGGAGGCCGCUGCCGCCCGCUCACAGCCAUGAGCAAGCUGGGCAAGUUCUUCAAAGGGGGAGGCUCUUCCAAGAGCCGAGCGGCUCCCAGCCCCCAGGAGGCCCUGGCCCGGCUUCGGGAGACGGAGGAGAUGCUGGGCAAGAAACAGGAGUACCUGGAGAGUCGGAUCCAGAGGGAACUCAGCCUGGCCAAGAGGCACGGCACGCAGAACAAGCGAGCUGCAUUACAGGCACUAAAGAGAAAGAAGAGGUUUGAGAAGCAGCUCACACAGAUUGACGGCACACUUUCCACCAUUGAGUUCCAAAGAGAAGCCCUGGAAAACUCACACAGCAACACCGAGGUGUUAAGGAACAUGGGCCUGGCGGCAAAAGCGAUGAAAGCAGUUCAUGAAAACAUGGACCUGAACAAAAUAGAUGAUUUGAUGCAAGAGAUCACAGAGCAACAGGAUAUCGCCCAAGAAAUCUCAGAAGCCUUUUCUCAGCGGAUUGGAUUUAGCGAUGGCUUCGAUGAGGAUGAGUUGAUGGCAGAACUUGAAGAAUUGGAGCAGGAAGAAUUAAAUAAGAAGAUGACAAAUAUUCGACUUCCAAAUGUGCCUUCCUCCUCCCUCCCAGCACAACCAGAUAGAACGCCGGGUAGAUUGCCAGGCUUGUCCUCCACUGCACAUAGAUCCCGAGCAGCAUCUUCCAGAAGAGCAGCAGAGGAAGAUGAUGAUAUCAAACAAUUGUCAGCCUGGGCUACUUAAGCUAAAACGGAAUUUUUUGACACCUAUGUUAACAGCUGUACAUAAGACAUAAAAAAUAUUUUUGUCAAGUUCGGAAGUUAACAGAGACUCUGUUUUAUAAUUACACUGGAUGAAUAAUUGUCUUAAGCCUCAUAAGUAGAAGUUAAAAAACGAGGCAUGUAUAGACAUAGAAUCAGGGAUGGAAAGGGGCUCCCUACUGUCUCAGAAGAUCCCUCUAUAUUGAUGGGAGGGGGAAUUCUACCUUGUUCACUACUGUAUUUCCAGUCCUGGCACAUAAUUGGUGCUCUCUAUAUAUUUGUUGAAAGAAAACUGAAUUCUAUGAACAUAUAAAACAUAUAACAAUUUAUAAGCCAUAUAAGAAUGAUAGGUUUAGAAUAGCUGGAGACAAUCACUCUCUUUUCUAUGCAAAUGCGUCUGCUGUGUGUAUCCAUGUUAGAAGAGAUGCGGCCCACAGUAAGUGCAAAUACACCAUGUAAAACGUCUCUUUUAGGAGAGACUUGUAGAGACAUCUUGUAUGAGUCUAUACAUAAAUGGUUUCACUUAAGUUUUGCAGUUUAAAAUCUUAAAGGAGCUUUAAUUGACAUUUAUUAUGCCAAUUAAGCUUGGAAUGGGGCAAUGGAUGCAUUACCCAAAAUUUCUGAGAGCACUAACAGCUGACACUGCCGAGCUGGCAUCUCCUGGGUAUAAUUUAGCCACUUAGGGAGCUGCAUUAACACUCCGGGCCAUUAUGAUGCCGUUAUGGCUUCAGUGUGCUAAAUGUGUGAAUGUUCCUUCUUUUCUGUUUUGUGCUCUCUUGUACACUUAUUUACAAUUUACAGCAUAUUCUUUGUAAAUACAUAAAAAUAUAGGCAAUUAAAAGUAUAUCUUGAA